UGUCUUGAAACAAACCCCAAAAUCGCACCAUUUUCAACUCUCUCUCUCUCUAACACAGAGUUCUAUUUUGAGCUUAACAGUUAACACUGAAGAGAUAGCAACACAGCAUUUUUGAACUCCACACACACAGAGACACUUUCCGUAUAUAAUAUACAUACUAUAGAUAUAUAGACAUAAUCAUCUGUCUAUUUACAUUUUGUUGUAUGUAUGAAUUAUUCAUUAAAAGUGAGCUUACUGUAAGAAUAGAGAAAUGUACAGAUCGGAGCUGACGGAGGUUUCCGGCGAGGUAAGGUCGCCGGAGGUGUGUUCCGGCAAUAACAGCGGCAAUGUGCGACCGACGACGAGUGAAACAGUUUCGCCGUUGACAGUAUCAGCUUCGUUCAAGGAAGGGAAGACUUACCGAAGAAGAACGUCGAUGAGGCCAAGCCUUGACGCAGACGAGUUCUUAAACCUUCUCCACGGGUCGGAUCCGGUGAAGUUGGAGCUUAAUCGACUGGAGAAUGAAGUAAGAGAUAAGGACCGGGAAUUGUGUGAGGCUCAGGCGGAGAUCAAGGCGUUGAGGUUCUCAGAGCGCUUACGAGAAAAGGCUGUUGAAGAGCUUACGGCCGAGUUGUCAAGGGUUGACGAAAAGCUGAAGGUGACAGAAUCUCUUCUGGAAAGCAAGAAUCUUGAAAUUAAGAAAAUUAAUGAAGAGAAAAAGGCAUCCAUGGCAGCUCAGUUUGCAGCAGAAGCCACCCUUCGAAGGGUUCAUGCUGCUCAAAAAGACGAUGAUAUGCCUCCAAUUGAAGCCAUUCUUGCGCCUUUGGAGGCUGAGCUCAAGCUUGCUCGUCAGGAGAUUGCAAAGCUACAAGAUGAUAAUAAAGCACUGGACCGUCUUACUAAGUCAAAAGAGGCAGCUCUACUUGAUGCUGAGAGAACUGUGCAGUCAGCAUUAGCAAAGGCUUCUAUGGUGGAUGACCUUCAGAACAAGAACCAGGAAUUGAUGAAACAGAUAGAAAUAUGCCAGGAAGAAAAUAAAAUACUGGACAGAAUGCAUCGACAAAAGGUUGCAGAGGUUGAAAAGCUUACCCAAACUGUACGUGAGCUUGAAGAGGCUGUUCUUGCUGGCGGUGCUGCUGCUAAUGCUGUCCGGGAUUACCAACGAAAAGUUCAAGAGAUGAAUGAAGAAAGAAAAACUCUUGAUCGGGAGCUAGCACGUGCCAAGGUAACCGCUAAUAGGGUUGCAACCGUGGUUGCUAAUGAGUGGAAAGAUGCCAAUGAUAAAGUAAUGCCUGUUAAACAGUGGCUUGAAGAAAGGAAGUUUGUGCAGGGUGAGAGGCAGCAGUUACGUGACAAGCUUGCAAUCACUGAACGAGCUGCAAAGUCCGAAGCCCAGUUGAAAGAGAAAUAUCAUCUCAGGCUCAAGGUCCUCGAAGAGACAUUGAGAUCGACUAGCGCAGGUGCUCGCAGUACACCAGAUGGUAGAAGUUCAAGCAACGGCCCUUCCCGUCGGCAAUCACUGGGUGGAGCUGAAAACAUCUCCAAAUUGUCCUCGAAUGGCUUUUUACCCAAGAGAUCACCAUCAUUUCAGCUGAGAUCUUCUGGGGCCAGUACAGUGUUGAAGCAUGCAAAAGGGACAUCUAAGUCGUUUGAUGGUGGCUCAAGAUCAUUGGACAGGACUAAAAACCUUCUGAAUGGAACAGGUCCAAAUUUCAAUAGCAGCAAGUCCUGUGAUGGGACUAAGGAUAAUGAGACUGCGAACAGUUCAUGGAAAGCGAAUCAAGAUGAAAAACACAAUGAUUCCCAAGUGACAGGAACAGAGGAUACUGUCCCUGGAGUAUUAUAUGAUUUGCUGCAAAAAGAAGUAAUUGCUUUGAGGAAAGCUGGUCAUGAGAAGGAUCAAAGUCUUAAUGAUAAAGACGACGCUAUUGAGAUGUUAGCAAAGAAAGUAGAGACUUUAACAAAAGCCAUGGAAGUCGAGGCCAAAAAGAUGAGAAGGGAAGUCGCUGCGAUGGAGAAGGAAGUUGCUGCCAUGCGUGUUGAGAAACAACAAGAAAAUAGAGCCAAAAGAUUUGCCAAUUCCAAGGGUCCAGUGAACAGUUCUCAGCUACUUCCAGGAAGGAGUGUAGCACGGAAUGGGUCAAUGCGAGGCACACAAUAACAUUCGCGGACAACCCCAUAGACAGCUGUAAGAAGCAAUUCUGCAUAGGCUUGCUGUCAUCUGCAUACUUUUACAAUUCUCCUAUUUUCUAACAAGCAUGCCAACGCCUCUAUUCUCUGCUUUCUGAAAGUGGCAAGAUAGAGAUCUCUCCAAACAUGGGAGGACAACAGGUGAUAUUUUGGUGUGCUUCUAACAUACGUUAUGACGCAAGUCUGCUUAGGAAUCGGCAGGAGGUUCUAGCUAUCAAAGUUGAACUAACUUUUUGGCAGAACAUUUUAAGCUGUGGUUUUGUAGUUGUAUAGAUAGCUUGUCAGCAUUUACUUUGCCCUGUUUUCUUUUCCCCAUCUUGUUUGCAGUCAAUAGUAGUAAUCUGCAGCUCUAGUGUGAUAUCUUCUUGUUCAGGUUUGUCAAUAUUCUUGUAAUCAGAUGAAGAUCAGAAGUUUUUGCCCCCUUGAACGUGUUGCAUUUUUGUGUACUAUUCUGGACCCUGAUAUUUCAAUUAAAGUUGAGUAUUUCUGGUCA